ACGUGCUGCGUGACGCGCAGGAGGCGGAAGUGGUGCGGUUGCCACAGUAACCAACGCCGGGGGGGGGGGCCCGCGGGGCACCGCGGCCAUGGACGGCCUGGGCUUGGAUGAUGGGUCCGGGAACACGUAUAGCCUGCGGGCCAGCGUCCAGCACCGAUUUAAAUCAUCCACAGUAAAGGAAUGCAUCCGUGCAAUACUGAAGGAGAAACUGGCCAAUGUACAGUACAUUCCAAACGACAUGCCUCAGCUUACAAUGUCUUUAUCAGAGACAAUAAAAGACAGACUGAAAGAGGUGGGAUUUGACAGGUACAAAAUGGUGGUGCAGGUCGUGAUUGGAGAGCAGAGAGGAGAAGGAGUGAACAUGGCUGCGCGAUGUUUCUGGGAUGCUGACAAUGACAGCUGUGCUCACGAUGUGUUCACGAAUGACAGCCUGUUUUGUGUAGUAGCUGCAUUUGGCUGCUUCUACUACUGAAGAUGGUAAAUGUUGCACAGAAGGACAGAGGUGAGGGAGAAUGCCUUAGGGUAUUUUUUGUUCAAGUGCACAAAAGCAUAACAAAAUAACAGCUCCACAAAGCAUGCCUCACACCUGUUCUACACACUACAACAUUCCUUCUUCUUUGUGGAUAUCAAUAUAGCUUUAAGUACAGUACUAUUAUGUCCUUUAUUUAAAUCGCCCUUCAAUUUUAUAUAGUGUGUUGGGUUUGUCCUAGAACUGUAUUGCCAGUAGCCGUUGUUUUUAAGGCAAACUCAACUUUCAUCCUGAAAGGGUUCUGUUGCUUUUAUGUUUGUUAAUUUUCUGAAAUGGAUUAAAUAUUUGUAAGAAAUGUAAGAUAAUAAAAUCUAUGUAUUUAGUA